AUACUGUUAGGGGAAGUUCAGAUUCGGAGCAGAAGUACUUUAGUGAAAUGGAUUCGCUGACUGAUCAAGUGAUGGAAAAAUGUACCCGAAAGGAUCGUUGAAAAUCUUUGUUUCGGUACGAUAUCUGUCAAUUCCUCUUUUCCUGGAGUUGUCUUCUUCUCAAAGUCCAACGAUUGGGCAACAUUUUAGUUCGCAAAUUUUGAUCGCCUUGGCUUGGAAUUGAUUGCAUUAGAAACAUCAGCCAUACAAGAACUCUUACCAUUCCUGAUAAUUUCGUGUUUUUUUUUGGCUUUCGAUCUGUGUGACUUUAUGUUUUUGGCCAUUCAUCUCCCAAUUUUGCCAAAAUGGUGCUAGGAAAAUAAAACGUUAAAUAUCGUUAAAUCGAGACAUGUUAUGAAGUAAAACUUUGGUAAUCAGCAGAAAGAUCGUUAAAUCAUGAUUCGUUACGUCGAAGUGCGACUGUACGGCAUAUGAAGUCUAAGAAGUCAAAAAUCAUUCCAUGGGCGAAGAAAUCAGACAACCAAAUAUUGAACCCGGUCUCCCUGAUAAUCCGUCCCUCUUAUCAGUUGCCACUGCUCAAGUCAAGUUAUGAUUUCUAAACACCAAUGAGGCCUUCAAAUUUUCAUCUCGUCUUUUAGUUGGUCAUGCCAAAAAAGAGAGCAGUACUCUUGUCCAUAGUUAUUCUGCUUUCCUUUGUAACUUGGCAAUGGCUGCUAUCAGUGACAGUGUUUGCAACAAAGAAGAAGACGUCCCAAUCACACCCAACCGUGAAAGGGGACCAUGCAAAACAUACCCUGAUCGAUCGGAACAUUGCCCUUCCUUACUGGAAUCGAAGUCAAACCCGAAGGCUUGCAUCACCCAGCAACGCCAUUCAUUGUGUUCAGAAACCUCUGUUUUUGGAUCAAGGAUCAACUUUUCGAAGGCCAAUAGAUGUCGUGGCAAAGAGGUUUGCUUAUGUUUGGUAUGCCUCCUCUGCAAUGUAUUUGUGCUCGGCCUUGACAGCCUUCAGAUUGUUGCAACAACUUCGUGCUGAAGGAAAUACCACUCAUUUAGAUGUGGACUAUGUAUUGAUAGCGUCCGAGUCAGAUCUGAACAACUCAAGCACUUCAAAGAAACUGUUGCAGCAAUGGUCCAAUUUGGGUGGUUUAAUCAAAAGGUUCCCUCCCCUCCCAUAUCCUGAAUUAGGAACUUACGAAGCCACCUAUCAAAGAUUUCGGGCAUUCCAAUUGACCGAAUAUGAUCAAGUCAUUGCCAUGGAUGCUGAUGGCUUUCCUUUACAAAAUCUCGAUCAUUUGCUUCUCUUCAAUCUCCCUGGUUCGAUUAAGCUGGCAGCACCUCAAGCAUACUGGUUUAACCACAGAGGUGUGGUGGAUACUGCAGAGGACAGAUGUCCUGGUAUUCCACUCGUUCUCAUCACUUCAAUUCUGCUCGUAAUCAAGCCGGAUAUGGGUCUCUUCGAUCGUGUUAAGCAACACUUUGGCUCCACGAGAUUCCAGUCCAAAGAAUAUCAAUUCGAUAUGGACAUCCUGAUAUCCGAAUUCUGUUGCCAUGAUGAAAUAUUCAUUCUUCCCAAGUAUUAUGGCACCUUAGAUUCGGAAUUUCAGAUGAAAGAGCCACUCAACUUCGACCUCCAAGAAUGCCGCAAUUGGAAAUACAUGCAAUAUCUCCAUUUCUCAUACAAUGGCAAACCGUGGACUCGGAGCAAGGCAAUGAACGCCAAGUAUUAUUCAAAAAGUGUUUCUCAAGAUACUCUAGAUGUUGUUAAGGAUUGGUUCAAAAUGGCCCACCAUUUUUGUCCAAAGUUGAUUUCCGAACAUGAAUUUUAAGAAGCCAAAAAUACAACACUAUCUAACAGAA